AUGAUCAUAUUCGAUUCAUAAAUGAAGCAAAAUGAAAACAUAGAAGAUGAGUCUGAAGAUAAGUAUGAAGUAAAAAGGGAUAUAUUAGAUAAUUAUAUGUACCAUUAUUUCCUAUGAGAAAGAAACCGUCCAUAGGAUCUAGUUAAAUCUCUUCUUAAUCCACAUCAUAAUCAACUUAAAUGCUUACUUAAUAUAGAAGUAUGGAGGAUUCAAAUGAGAAAAGAGAAUUAGAAGCCACAAUAAUCAAGGAACUCAUGAAAGAUAAGCAAUCCACUUAACUUUAUGCGGUUCGAGAAAAUUGGAUCUCUAAAUAUAAAUAAUAUUUAUAUCAAAAUGGAGAAAGACCAGGUAUUUUAGACAAUAAUAACUGUACAUAAUAUAUAAUAGUUAAUGAGGCCGUGUGGAUAUUUUUUAAGCAAGAAUAUAAAGCUCACCCAGAUAUAAUUUGUAAAUAAAAACAUUCAAGAUCUACUGAGAAAAGAUCUAAGACUGUUGAACCUUAGAUAAAUAGACAGUCUGCUUCUAAUUCUUAAUCUAAUUACGAAUUACCGCUUAUUGGAAUGAGAAAUGAUUCCUACUUCUGCUAUAUGCACUCUGGGUUACAAUCACUGUUAAGCAUAGCAGAUCUUAAUUAUUUUAUUAUCAAAUACAUUCAAAGAAUACCUAAAGACAGAAAAAGAGCAAACAUUAUAUAAUAUAUCAGUGCUUAUUUCGAUCUUAUCGAUUAAGUUAAAGCAAGCACCGUCCCUAUAAAAAUUAAUGCUAUAAAAACCCUAAUAAUUAAUUAGUUUCAUCCUAAGAAUUAACAUGAUUGUCAUGAAUUUUUGCUUUAUUUGUUAGGGCAUAUGGAGGAUGAAAUUUUGAAUUUCAAUAAGGAUACAAAAUCAAAUAAUAUUAAUUUUAUAGAUUAAAUCUUUAAAGGUAGCAAAUUUUAUAUUUAAUAGGAAAACUUUAGACAGGUAUUUUAUGUCAACUUUGUAACUAUAAGGUGAAACAAAUUGAGCCAUUCUUAACUUUGUCCUUAGCUAUCUCUCAAUCUAAAACUCUUGAACAAUGUCUUGAAGAAUUUCUCAAAGAAGAAACACUAAGAGAUUACAAAUGUACCAAAUGUUAAUCCUCCUGUAUUAAAAGCCUUUAAAUCAUUUCCAUCCCACAAAUACUUGUAUUGCAUCUCAAAAGAUUUUAAUUCUUACCUUAAUGCCAUAAAAAUAAUAAAACUAUAACAUAUCCAAUGGAUAUUCUAAAAUUUGGAAAUUAAACUUAUAGAUUAAGAGCAGUCAUUGUUCACACCGGCAAUUUAUAAUCAGGUCAUUACUUCACAUUUGCAAAAAGAUAUCAUUAAUGGUUCUUGUUUAAUGAUGAAACUGUUAAAGCGGUCUCAAAAAAGUAAGUGCUUAUGCAAUCUGCAUAUAUACUAUUUUACUAAAUUAAUGAAAAUCCAUGA